AUUGUCAAUUUAUGUCAACAUUUGGCAUUCAUUCAAAAUAGCCUAACUUCAUUGACAGUGAAAUAAUUUGUAAGUUAAUAUCGUAAUAAUGGAUCCCCUACCUCUAAUCCCGGAAGACGAUUCAAACCAUGGAGUUACCUCUACAUUAAGAAGAGUCUUUCAAAAUACUCUGGAUGGACGAUUCUAUCCACAAGACAUUGCAAGAAAUAUUUUGCGAAGUGAUGUGGAUGAAGAGUUAAAAUUGAAAAAGAAUGCCAAACGAGUGUUACAAGUUUAUGCAAAUGCCCAAGGAACAUUGCAGAUGAUUCAGAACGCAGAAUACGAUAUAAUGGCACAGAAGGGUUUGUACCUGAUGAAGAAAGAUGAAAUAUUGAGAAAUUUUCAACUCAAAGAAAACCCUUUUCGAGAUCUUUUUCAAAGCUCCAUAUUUUUCAUUUUCCAAAUUCAUGAAAAAUAG